AGCAGCACGAACAAUAACAACAGCAUGAACAAUAACAGCAGCACGAACAAUAACAGCAGCACGAACAAUAACAGCAGCAUGAACAAUAACAACAGCACGAACAAUAACAACAGCAUGAACAAUAACAGCAGCACGAACAAUAACAACAGCAUGAACAAUAACAACAGCAUGAACAAUAACAGCAGCACGAACAAUAACAGCAGCACGAACAAUAACAGCAGCACGAACAAUAACAACAGCAUGAACAAUAACAGCAGCACGAACAAUAACAGCAAUAACAGCAGCACGAACAAUAACAGCAGCACGAACAAUAACAGCAGCACGAACAAUAACAGCAGCACGAACAAUAACAACAGCAUGAACAAAAACAUGAGCAUUGUUUUUAUCAACAUUAUAUAUCAACAUCAACAAUAACAACAUCAACAAUAUCAACAUCAACAAUAACAACACCAACAAUCACAACAUCAACAACAACAGCGCCAACCGUCGCAUCCUUCAGAUCAUCUCA